GGUUCCAGGUAAUCAUGUGACAAUGCAAGAUGGCUUCACCCAGUGAGGCGGAGGGGGAGGCGGCCGUCUACCUGAUUGUGAGCGGUAUCCCCGCGGGGUUGCGCUCGGCCCAGCUACGGAGCUACUUUAGCCAGUUCCGGGAACAGCGCAGCUGUGGCUUCCUCUGUUUCCACUACCGGCAUCGGCCUGAGCGGGCCUCCCCCAAGGCUGCUCCCAACUCUGCCCAAACUCCUGUCGGCCGGGUGCUCUCCCAAACUUCAGUUGCCGAUGCCCGCGCUCCCUCCACUCUGGACUCUGCUCCCGCCCAGGCCCGUACUUGCUGCUGCGUCAUCUCGGUACGAGGAGCAGCUCAAGCGCAGAGGUUUUUUCGCAUGUACUCGGGUCGCCAGUGGCUGGAUUCUCAGGGGACUUGGUUGCCCGGUCGUUGUUUCAUCCGCAGACUUCGGCUACCCAGUGAAGCAUCAGGUUUGGGCUCCUUUCCCUUCAAGACCCGGAAGGAACUGCAGUGUCAGAAAGCUGAGAGUGAAGCCUUCUCUCUGAUGGACCUGAAGCAACUGCCAGAGCUGAACCCACCAGUGCUGAUGCCCAACGGGAAUGUGGGGACUCCCCUGCGGGUCUUUCUGGAGUUGAUCCGGGCCUGCCGCCUACCCCCUCGGAUCAUCACCCAGCUGCAGCUCCAGUUCCCCAAGACAGGUUCCUCCCGGCGCUACGGCAACGUGCCCUUCGAGUAUGAGGACUCAGAAACUGUGGAGCAGGAAGAGCUUGUGUACACCGCUGAGGGCGAGGAAAUACCCCAGGGAACCUGCCUGGCAGACACACCAGGCAGCCCCUGUGGAGAGCCAGAGGAGGAACAGGAAAAUGAGGAGGAAGAAAAGUCACAGUCAGACGAUGAUGAUGACCGGGGUGAGGAGUGGGAACGGCAUGAAGCAUUGCAUGAGGAUGUGACGAGGCAGGAACGUACCAAUGAACGACUGUUUGAGGAGGAGAUCGAGCUCAAGUGGGAGAAGGGUGGCUCUGGCCUGGUAUUCUACACUGAUGCCCAAUUCUGGCAGGAGGAAGAAGGAGACUUUGAUGAACAGACAGCUGAUGACUGGGAUGUGGACAUGAGUGUGUACUACGACAGAGAUGCUGGAGACAAGGAUGCCCGUGACUCUGUCCGAAUGCGUCUAGAACAGAGGCUCCGUGAUGGCCAAGAGGAUGGCUCUGUGAUUGAACACCAAGUGGGCACCUUUGAGCGCCACACCAAGGGCAUUGGGCGGAAGGUGAUGGAGCAGCAGGGCUGGGCUGAGGGCCAGGGCCUGGGGAGCCGGUGCUCCGGGGUGCCUGAGGCCCUGGAUAGUGAUGGCCAGCAUCCCAGAUGCAAGCGUGGACUGGGGUACCAUGGAGAAAAGCUACAGCCGUUUGGGCAAUUGAAGAGGCCCCGUGGAACUGACUUGGGGCUCAUCUCCACCAUCUAUGAUGAGCCCCUAUCCCAAGACCAGGGGGAGUCGCUGCUCCGCCGCCAGCCACCCACUAGCAUGAAGUUUCGGACAGACAUGGCCUUUGUGAGGGCUUCCAGCUGUGCUGUGGGCAGCUCCUUAGAGCCCAAGUGACAGCUUCAGGGGCGUUCUCAGUUACCACCACUCAUGACUACAUGGAGGCAGCCCUAAAGAGCUCUGGGAGUAGCAGUCUGCUCAUCCUCUUAAGGGUGCUUUGUUCUGAACUUGUCAUCCUGCUCUCUACCUCAAGGACAUUGUUACAAAAAGACCCCUAUCCUCCCCUUUGAUAUUGGGGCUUAAUGAGCACUCCUCAUUGGUCUCCAAACCAGCCUGUUUGGGCUUGCCCGUUGCCUCCCCCAGUAUCUUGGAAUUUGGAUUGACUGAGGUUAUCAUCACAACAUCCCCUGGGAGGCCACCAUGAAGGGGGGAAAGGGACCUGGAAGAGGAAAGGGUUUGUGGUGCUCGAAGAGACGGUCUUGGGGCAGGCCCUCCAACGCGUCUACCCCUAACCGACGGGGACCGGGCAGCGGAGAGUCCGCGGGAGGUGACGCAGGUCUGUGACCUGAAGGGAGAAUAAAUCGUUUGCUUCUUUA